AUGGACCAGAAACAACAGACUUGCAAAAAGCAUGACUUCUUGGUACUAUCGGCUAGCGAGGCGUUUAUGAGGACAUGUUUAUCCUGUGGAUUAGUUGAAGACUUUCAGCUAUCACAGCCAAAACGACAGGUCUAUGCGUGGGAAGGCUGGCUCAGAGAUGAAAUGAAGCCUCUGUCAUGGCCCCAUUGUGUUCAAUACUCUGAGACUAUCGGAGUAGCCACUUUGCAGACAGCGAGAGAAGAUAGAAAUGUCUUUAGCUACCGCCCGAACGUGCAGACCUCAUUUCAGAACGAAGCUCAAAGAGAGGUAGGACAAUCUUUACCCUCACAUACGAAUAGCAUGCCAAAGCAUUUGAACAGAGAAACCCUUACAUCUAAUCUGACCUUCCGAAAGGUCCCUGUAUCCGACUACUGGAACUAUCACCCGGCAACAGACUCGAGUUACUCAGCGGUCGGCUUUUUGAGUACCUCACCUUCAAAUCUCAUAUUCCUUGACAAAGAGCAGAAAGUCCUACGUAUCACACGUAACUGUGAUCGCGCGUUGCGAAGUCUUCGCCACAAGACCAAGUCAAAACUAUUAUGGGUGGAUUCUAUCUGUAUCGACCAGUCAUCUCCCUCCGAGAGGUCUCACCAGGUCGGCUUGAUGAAAAGGAUAUACUCCAAAGCAUCUACUGUUCAUGCUUACGUGGGGGAGGUGGAGUACAGAAAGGAGUCGACAGGAACCGAAGCUAUGACUUUGUUGAAUGAGAUUCAAGUUGAUGGCAUGACUGGCAUGCUGUCUCAUGGCAACACAAGCAACAUCUCCAUUCUCAACAAAUUCUUCGCAAGGUCCUACUUUGCUCGGUUAUGGAUUGUCCAAGAGCUUCUUCUCGCUCAAUCCAUUACUAUGCACUGUGGAGAGGCCUCACUAACUGUUACCAACGAGUCCAUCUCACAGCUGUAUGAACAUGGUGUCAAGGUUCCCUCGUGGGUUCGAUUCGCUGGAAUGGCCAGCUCGAACACUGAGCAAGCCCCUUUGGAACUGAGAGAUCUUCUUACUGCAACCAGUGUCUGUCGUGUUACAGACCUGCGUGACAAGAUAUUUGGAUUACUGGGUCUGAUUAGCAACGUUCAGGCUUCAGAACUCAGUCCUGACUACGAACUGAUGGUCCGUGAGGUUUACAUCGGCAUCGCUGCAUACCUGAUGCAGAAGGGCCAUUGUUGCGACCUUAUUCAGCAUGCAAACCCCUACUGGGUUAGGAAAUGGUUUGAAAAAGACCACCAGACUUGCAAAAACGACUAUGGAAUUCCCUCUUGGGUCCCUCUUUGGGAUACAGAUGUACCGCUGCAAGCUUCUCAAGGCAUACGCAGACACAUUGAACAGAUCGAGUUAGACAGCAAGCACCUUCUUGGAGAGGAAGCACCUUUCGACUGUUACACAAUACGUAGCAUUGAUGGCUGGCCUCACGACAAGAACUCGGAGUGCGGCAUAGCAAUUAAAUGCUGUAAAAUGGUAGACUCAAAUUCAGGCUUUCUCUCAACCAGGGCAGAGACGGUGCUACGGCUCGACCCGUCAUUUCAGCCUGUUUUCAGUGCCCGUUGGGUGCUAGUUGAAAAGGAAGACGGCGAGUAUUUCACAGGGUUCUGGAACCUGAAGGAUGGCCUUAAACUUGCGAUUAGGAGCUUUGCAUGGGCAUUGAAGUGCGCAGUUCCCAACAAAAGCGUUCAUCUGAUCCGGGUCGAAGGGUGCGCUGCUUUAUUGUUGGCACACCAGACUCCUGAUAGCCGGAAAUAUCGCCUGCUCAGCUCGUGUGUGGCAGCUAUAGUCUGCCAAACACGGGAGUCUAACCCCGCCGAGAUGCUCAAUUCUGAUAACCUGCAUCACUACCUACGAUUCAAGCCUCUUACAGUCGAAAUGAUUCAGUUCAUACGAAACUGGAGAAACCAAAUAUUCGAACUCACCGCAUCUGAUCCAGAGGAUAAGGACCAUCUUUCAUCAAUCGGGGGCCAAAGUUGCCACUAUUCCUCCAGAGACAAACCCCAGACAUCCCACUCAAGUUGGAGAAACUGGAUCCCUUUCUUAACUAUGGAAGCAAGGGAGAUGUUGGAAGACGAUCCAGAGCUCCAGCAACAACUCUCAAAUCUAGUUGAGUUCUGGCACAAGGCCCACAAGUUACAUACCGCCGUUCGAGAUUGGACGAAGAGUGCCUUGGAGGUGUCAGACCACGUUCGUAUUAAGUGGUGGUACCAAUUUCCUGCUAAUGUGAAAAAGUCCUGGAAGGCCUUCUCCAGAAGUCGCGUAAGCUGGGAGUAG